ACACCUGGUGUCUGUUUGUCCGCAAACGUAACGACAGACAUGGUAUAUUGGUUGAGACAGUUGUUUGUCAGGAUUCUUAAAAAACAAGUGAAAUUUAGAUGGUAGGAAAUUACUAGCAUCCUGGGUGUUGGGGUAAUAGACCUACAUCCCAGGUCUCAGGUGUGCCUUAAGCUUAAAACAGCCAGCAGUGAUGAGUUAUGUAAUACAGUACGUCAGUACCAAUAUCAUAUUAGAUUACUUUUAGUUCCGGAAGGUUGAUAAAUUCACUUGUAAGAUUUCCCAAAGUUGCAUCAGAAAGAUGGAUGAAAAACCACCACCAUACGCCCCAUCGAACCCACAAAUGCCACAACCGGGCCCACCCCAGGGGUACCCACCUCAACCAGCAGGCUACCCACCCCCGCAAGCAGGCUACCCACCCCCGCAAGCAGGCUACCCACCCCCACAAGCAGGCUACCCACCCCCGAAUAUACAAGUGCAACAACAACAACAAGCACCGAUCGUCGUUGUUAGAGGCGGUGGAUGUCGUCGUUGUGGAGCGGUUGGUGUGACAACAACGUUCACAUGCUGUGGUGUCUGUCUUGGAAUAUUCCUGUUUCCCAUCGGCUUGGUUUGUUGUUUUCUAAUGCAAGAGAAAGUUUGCGUCGGUUGUGGGGCACCGGUCUAAUGCACUAACCAUUUAUGACGUCAUAAUCGUAUAGGCGUCACGUUUAUUAAUUGUAGUAAAUCUGGGGUGACAUUGUUAAAACACAGCUACAAUCAUAGUUGCCAAACAUAGGGAACCUCAUUGAUUAGUGUGGUGAAUGCAAUAUACUUUGGCUCUGCUUGUUUGUAUAGACACCUAACAGCAGGGUAAAAUCUGGGGUGACAUUGUUAAAAUACAGUUACACUUAUAGUUGUCAAACAUAGGGAACCUCAUUGAUUAAUGUGGUGAAUGCAAUAUACUUUGGCUCUGCUUGUUUGUAUAGACACCUAACAGCAGGGUAAAAUCUAUUUAAAUUUAAUAAUUUGAGUCCGAUAACGUAAAAUGUCACCUGGUCACCCCAGUUUAUAAAAUGCUGUAAAUAUCACCAGACCCAAUGUUAUACCCAUGGUCAUUAUUUUAGCAAUUAUGACGUAAUUUGUUCCAGUAUGUAAGUCUGAUUUAUAAUGACGUCACAAAACGUAUUAUGCGUAAUAUAAUUUAGUUUCUAUGUAUUUUAAUUAUGUGGAAAAUAUUGCAGCGGUGCUAAAGGAGUCGAAACUCUUCACUUACCACUUUAAAUGCAUCUAAUAAAAGCAACUUUCCGUUGUAUUUUCUGAGCGGGUUGUCGGUACAUUUAAAUCCCGUCCCGCUUCGACCAAAAAUUUCAA